CAUUUAUUUUUUUAAUUACUAGGAUGAAGAUAUAGAAGGCCCCGAUUUUGUACCAGGAUCAUCAGGAGAAAUUGGUAAAUGUGAAUGCUCAGAGUCGACCAUAUCAAGCUUGCUUGCGUCCAUGCCCGAGAUGAGAGGACCGCCAGGCAGUCCGGGGCCACAGGGUGACCAAGGAGAAACUGGACUAGCUGGCCCACGGGGUGCACCAGGUGAACCUGGACCAAGAGGGCACACUGGACACGCAGGGCCAAGAGGAGAAGAUGGAAGCCCAGGAAGAUCCGGAUCUCCAGGACGCGAUGGUGAACCAGGCAAGAUAGGAGAGCCGGGACCAGUUGGGCCACCGGGGCCGCAGGGACCGCCUGGAGUUUGUACUAUCAUGAAGGAAACAGAAGAAAAAAAAGAAGUAGCCGUACCAGGUGAAAGAGGUCCACCUGGACCAAUUGGUCCCCCGGGUCUUAGAGGACCGGAAGGAGAAAGGGGCGCAAAAGGAGAAACUGGAUCCAAAGGAGACAAAGGUGAUCAGGGAACAAAGGGAGAAAGAGGAGAACCCGGUGAAGACGGAAGAGAUGGGGCUCCAGGCGCACCUGGGAGUGACGGGUUACCCGGUCAUAAAGGACAAAAAGGCGAUACUGGCCUCAUCGGUCCGCCUGGUCUGGCUGGCAUGCCAGCUAAAUUAACAACAUUGUUAACAGAAGAGAUGGAUCCUAAAGAGAAGGCUGAAAUUGCUGAUUUAUUGAGAGGACCAAAAGGGGAGAAAGGAGAUUAUGGCAUUCAGGGUGACAGAGGGGAUGACGGGAUAAAUGGACUACCGGGAAACGACGGUAAAGAUGGCCGAGACGGAAUGCCGGGAGAGCAAGGUCCAGAGGGACCAAAAGGGGAGCACGGACCACCUGGACCAAGAGGUCAUAAAGGGGACCGUGGAGAACCAGGACCACCUGGAAACACUCCUGCUGCUGCCAUUACGCUAACUAAGGGUGAUAAAGGAUCGCAUGGCCAUCCCGGAAAAGCGGGCCCAAAAGGAGAUUCUGGUCCUAAAGGCGAACAAGGUACGCCGGGACAAAAUGGACCUAAAGGAGAUAAAGGAAAUACUGGACCUCCGGGACCUAUAGGGCACAAAGGCGUUGAAGGCAAAAAAGGGUCGACCGGUGAAAAGGGGGAGAAAGGGGAAAGAGCUCAACCCGUUGACUUGGCAUUGCUGAAAGGUGAAAAAGGCGAAAGAGGUCAGAUUGGGCCCACGGGACCAAUUGGUCCGCCAGGACCUCCUGGCGGAGCCUCCAAUCACACUGCUAUUCCUGGACCUGUUGGACCUUCUGGACCGCCUGGCCCCCCAGGUCCUCCUGGCAAACCUGGCCUACCCGGGUCCCCUGGAUUGACGAUCACUGAACCAUUAGGUGGAACAGCGGAUGCACUAAAUUCUAUUUAUUAUGACAUCGGAGAAGAUGACUUUUACACGGCAUCCACAGUGGUUUACAAAAGCCGGACAGCAUUAAUAAAAAGAACCGAAAGCACGCCUCUAGGAACAUUAGCCUUCGUCUUACAAGAGGAAAUUCUUCUUUUACGGGUCCAAAAUGGGUGGCAAUAUGUCCGGAUGGGUUCCUUAUGGAACGUCCAGGCCUCAUCAACGACCACUCGACCACCGUGGCAUGAUCCUGCACCAGUAACGACGCGAUCCCCAAGGGCUAACAUUGUCGCAAGCACUGACAGACCUCCAAGGAUGAGACCUCGACCACCACGGCGUUUAAAGACGAAUUACAUUCGUCUAAUAGCGUUAAACAGCCCAUACACUGGUAGAAUGUUAAGUGAGACGAAUUCUAGUUUUAGUUUCUACGCGAUAGCAAAUGACUGCAGAAGGCAGGCCCAAAGACACAAUAUCAGCGGUCACUUUGAGCCUUUGCUCGAUUACAGGGACGGUGGUUUGGAGAAUCUUGUAGAUAAAAAAUACCAUCAACUACCAGUAGGAAACAUGUUUGGGGACAUGCUUUUUAACACAUGGAAAGACAUGUUUUAUGACCUGGGUCACAUUCCUCCGACUGCAAACAUCUUUGGGUUCAAUGGGAAAAGUAUAUUUAUUGACCCAAACUGGCCUGAACAUAAAUUAUGGCAUGGAUCUAACACACUCGAAGUGGGCCAAAAGGUCAACUGCCAAGACUGGAUGAGCGAGAGCCCCAAACAUUUUGGGACCGCGUCAACGCUUGCCAAAAAUAGGUUGCUAGAGAGAGAACUGCAUCCGUGCAGCAGCAAAUUCAUCGUGUUGUGUGUAGAAGUAACACCAAACCUGCCUAGAAGACAAAGGCAUAUACCAGCAAGAAGACGAAGAAGGUUAACGUGACCAUUAUAAAAUUAAGUGUCUUUAAAACUUAGUUUAAUAAUUACUGUUAACCUCAGAUGGUUAGUGUUAGAUUAUGAAAAGUCUGCAGCGAUUUUGAUAGCCCACGCAGUGCAACGCAACGCUGCAGACUUUUCUUGGUCUAACUCUAACUCUGAUAACGCAAACAAAAAUAUGUCAAAGCAUAGGAACUUUAAAAAUGUUAAUUUGAUUUGAUCAUUGCAGAGCUCGUGCUCAUAGAAAUUAGUAGGUACCCACAAUUUACUGUGAGUAGGUAUAAAAUCAAGUAGGUAGACAGUUUUAAAGGUCAAAUGUGGCCCUUGGCGUUGUGUUUUUCAUAUUUAUAUUGUUGUAUUAGUAUGUUGUAUAAAGUACCUAGUAUUUUUUCUUUUACCUAUAGGUAUUAAGAGCGAAUGAAUGCUGACUGUCGUUUGUUAUUAUAGUCUGUCAAGCCAGUUCCGUAAGUAUAUAUAUUUUUUAAUUUUUGCGCCUUUUCUACUGACAAACAUUGACGUAUAUCCCAGGACCGACCUUACGGGCUCUUUUGUUUGACCGUCUAUAAUUGAAUAUCUUUAAGUCUCCAACAGCAAUUUAACUUUUAAAUACCACUUUAUUUACCUAAGAAAAGGACAAAAAAUUUGCAAUUCUCGCAAAUAGCUACAUCGAUUACGAUGGAAUUUGGGCGAGUUGAUGAAUAAAAAAAUAGAUUUCUGAAAGUGCAGAUACUCACUGCAUUUUUUUUUAAUUAUACCGUAAUACAAAGGAUGAUUCACGCUAGAUCGGGCCGUACCGGGGCCAAGGCGUCCGACAUGUAAUUUUCUAGGCGGUUUUCUGUGCGUCGUGCUUUCAAUAGAAAACGAAGAGCCGAAAGCUCCGGACCAGCCGCGAUCCGGUCUAGCGUGAGUCACCCUUUAUGACACGGGUAAUAUUUGAUAAGAGUAUGUGAAAUUAGAACUUAUAAACACGGACAGACG